CUACCCGGAUUUCUUUGACAGUCUUUAUUGAGGCUGCAAUUACAUCUGUUCAACGAACAUGGCUGCCUCGUGGGUGGUUAGAAGAUUGUGCUCUACUGUAGCAGAAGUAGCAGCGCCAGCCAAAACCACCAGAUGGGAAAGGUUAAAAAGCAGUAAAGCGGCUAUGUGGUGCCGUGGCCUCGUGACUGACUACAAGGAGGCCGGUCGAGAGGCAGUGGUUGGUGCUUGGGAGAGACCAAUCAAAGCUUCUGUAUACAUGGGCCUCAUCGGAGGCACCUGUGCCUGCAUCUAUACCAACCCUGACGACACUUCCUUCAAGACCAGCCUCUUGGACCGGUCCAAUCAGCUAGGCCUCCUGUCUCCAUGGAUACGAAGCGGCACCUCUGACGGCCAUGUCCAAAAUCUGGUGAAGCUUUGUAACGAGGGUCGUCUGCGCCACCUUAGCCUAGGUGUCGCUUCGCUUACCUACUGUGCUGAUUACGACCCAGACUCAAGCCUCUAUGAGGCCCAGUGUUCCAACCUCUCUGUUCCCUGGAGAGAGCUGCCUCAGCGGAUACUGGAUGUGGGCUUUGCUGGGUAUUGGUGGAUCCUGGACACUAAGAUGAAGGACUACGACGUGAACGAAGAGGAGUUCAAGCAUCUCCCGGUUUCCAUGGCCUGCACAGCGCCCCCAAGUGUGCAGGAAGUGGAAAGGAAUGAGAGUCUGCACAAGGAAUCAUGGCUGCCUCUAAAAAUAGAGGAAGAAGAAAAGGACAAAAUGUCUCCAGCAACAGGAAAUGAGGAGGCAAAAGAAGAGAGUCUGGGAGAGGUAGAGCCAACUCCAUCAGAAACACAGCAGACUCAAGCUCAGGCCUGAGUGUUAUGAACUCUGUAUAUCGUUGGUAGAUAUUGGUGGUUACAUGGUCAAGAUGAUGAUAGGUGGACAAUGGCAUGUUAGAAAGAUAAUUAUUUAUGGACAUGUUUAUCUGAAUGUUGAAGGUUUGCAAAAAGUGGUUGGUGAGAAAUGUAUGAAAGGAAAUGUUUGACUGAUAUUCAAAUUCUGUGCACUACUGUUUACAAAUGAGAAAGAUAAAUAAUUUGAACUUGGUGUAUAUUCUGUUGAACUUAACAACAUUUGAAAAUCUGUAGUGAUUUAUCAUGAAUAAGGAUAUUGUAUGGCAAAAUGUAUUUGUGGUGGACAAAUUAAAACAAUCUUA